GCCCCCUCCGUCUCCACGUCCGGUUGAGACCAACAUGGCGGCUGUUCUCUGACAGACUGAGCUCGGAGUUUAUGUGUUUAAUAUUUACAGUUUUCUGAUGAAAUUAAUCAACUUUUGGAGGUUUUUUGCCCAGGUUUCAGAUCGUUAAACGCUACCGGCAGCUGUUCACCGGAACCAACAGACGGAGACCCGGCGUUGUCAUGGAGAAGUUCGGCAUGAGUUUCGGCGGUGGCAGGAAGGAGCUGCUGGACACUAUCGAGUCCCAGAAGAAGCAGCUGGUUCAGUACCAGACCCGCUUCAAGGAUGUGGUCCAGGCCUACAAGAGUCUGCUGAAGGAGAAGGAGGCGCUGGAGGCCAGUCUGAAGGUUCUGUCGGUGAGCCAGGAUCUGGACCAGAACCAGCCGGGCCCGGAUUGCUCGGAGCCGCUGGAGGACGGCUGCUCGCUGCACAGCGAGGACAGCGUGGACACGGCGGCGUCUGCAGACACGGCCAGUGAGACCGCCAGAGAGACUGCCAGCGAGACCGGCAGGGGGAGCCAGAGCGAGGAAGACCUGGGAGAACCGGCUGGAAAGUCCGCCUCAACGGUGCGCCGGUUGGAUGCGGACGGCGGCCCGGAGAGCGGCAGCGUGGGGGCGGAGUCUCAGCAGCAGGCCACGCCCCCUCCCAGCACCGAGACGGAGCGGCGAGCGGCGCAGCUGAAGAACCAACUGAGCACGCUCACCAGCGCCAUCGCCACGGUGACGCACGAGAAGUCGAGGAUGGAGGCGAGCUUCCAGGCCGACAAGCGGCAGCUGAAACAGGAAGUGGAGGAGCUGCAGGAGCGGCUGGCGGGCGCCGCGGCGCAGCGGGAGGCAGAGCUUAGCGCCUUGCAGCAGCAGCGGGAGGCGGAGCUUAGCGCCCUGCAGCAGCAGUUGGCCGAGAGCCGCGCCCGUGUCAUCACGCAGCAGCACGAGAGGGAGCGCGAGACGGGCGACCACGCCACGCAGCUACGGGAGCUGCAGAGGAUCCUGCAGCAGGAGAGAGACCUGCGGCAGGACGCAGAGCUCCGCCUGCAGGACGCCAACGCCGCGCUGCUCGCUAACACACAGGCGGUGGAGCGGGGGGCGGAGUCUGAGGCUCACCUUAGCCAGGUGAGGGAGGAGAGAGACGAGCUGAAGGAGAAGCUGCUCGCCACCGAGCGACAUCACAGCAAACCUGAUCCCCGAUUGGACGAGCUGCAGCGAGAGCUGACGCAGCUGAAGAACAACUUCCAGACGCAGACCGACAUGCAGACCAGGAAGGCGGAGGAGCGUGCUACUGAGCGUGCUCAGUGCGCUGAGCGGCGUGCGGCAGGUCUGGAGCAGCGCGUGUCGGAGCUGUCCGAGCUGCUGGGUGGCUGCGAGAAGGCGAGGCAGCGCGAGCAGAUGGCGGCGCAGAGACUCCGAGAGCGCAUCAUGCAGCUGGACGCCGAGAACAAGACGCUCGCCAUGGCGAUGACCUCUCACCUCGCCGCUGGCAGGGCGACCUCUGACCUCGGCGUGGACGAGUCCCAGCUGGACGUCGGCGUGCUGAAGGAGAAGCUGGAGAAAGUGAAGAAGCUUCUGCAGAUAGCAGCAAAGAGGGACCCUGAACACAACACGCAGAUCAUCCAGAGGGACCCUGAACACCACAACAUGCAGAACAUCCAGAGGGAC